UUUCUGAAGCAGGAAUGCACCGAGUUGAAUGCAUAUACAUGUUCGAUCGCAAUUCACGCGUGCAGUUCAAUUGGCUGGGCAUGAUUAAGUCUUCCAGUCGCCAAUUCCUUGCUGAACAUGUACUCCAGGUGCAUGAACAUCUCGGAAGCAAAGUUCUUCGUUGGUAUAUUGUGGCGGCCAGACUUUGUACUCGCUAGUAAUUAGGUCAUUCGUACUGAUGACGUAUGUGGCUCAGAUGGGCGACAGAUUGAGUUGUGAACAUGAUGAUUCCAUCGAGAAGAACCUUUGGAGAUAAUCCUCCCCAGUCAAUGAACGAUGGUUCGGCGAAUAACUCCGAGCCUUUCAUUUCCUCUUCUAGGACGAAGAAGCUUCCAUCCCUUCCGGUUUCCGGAUCCAAAUCGACCGCAUCUCAUUUCCGUAAGUUUCCAAGAGCCAACCGACCACAUCGGGGGGGCCCAUUGCUUCUACCAAGCCCAGCCCAUGACUGCCCUGAGCCUCUCUCCCGUUACAGCCACCAAUCUCAUAAAAAACCUUUGCCGUCAGAGCUCGUUCGCGUUGGCCCGCCGAUUGUUCGAUGAAAUGCCCCACCGGGACGUCGUUUCUUGGACGGCCAUGAUCUCGGGCUACGCUUCCAACGGGUGCCAUGAGGACGCUUUGUCCACCUUCUGCCGCAUGAUAGCUAGCCGCGUUUGUCCCAACCGAUACACGAUAUCCAGUGUGCUAACGUCAUGCCGAGGCCUCCAGUCAAGCUGCGCCGGCGUAGCCGUGCAUGGAAUGGCGGUGCGGUGGGGCAUCGAUAACGGAGCCUAUGUGGAGAACGCGCUGCUUGACCUGUAUGCGUCGUUCGGAUGCAUCGGCGACGCUGAGGCUGUGUUCAAGAAUAUGACGGAUCGUACAGUCGUCUCAUGGACUACUAUGAUCGCUGGCUAUACCCGGAUUAGCCAUGGAGACACUGGACUUCUGCUGUUCAAACAGAUGAUUCAACAGGAGUGCACCGAGUUGAAUGCAUUUACUUGUUCGAUCGCAAUCCACGCUUGCAGUUCAAUUGGUUGUGCAACAACCGGUCAGCAACUCCAUGCAUUGGCGUUGAAAACCAGGCAUGAUUCAAGUCUUCCAGUCUCCAAUUCCUUGCUGAACAUGUACUCCAGGUGCAUGAACAUCUCGGAAGCAAAGAAGUUCUUCCAUGAAAUGCCUCGAAAGGACCUGAUUACUUGGAAUGCCAUGAUUGCCAGUCUCGAGCGGUCAAACUCACAUGAAGCUUUGCUACUGUUUCUCGAGAUGGGAUCACAGAACAUGCAGCCAACUAGCUUUACCUUUAGUAGCGUCGUAGCGGCUUGCGCAAACAUGGCAAUUCUGAACUGCGGACGGCAAGUUCAUGGCGCUGCAAUUCGAAGAGGCCAUCAAAGGAACCUCCAAGUAGCGAACGCGCUCAUAGAUAUGUAUGCCAAAUGUGGAAGUAUAGGCAAUUCGAGAAAGGUCUUCGAUGAAAUAACUGAGAAGGAUUUGGUAACAUGGACAUCGUUGGUGAUCGGAUGUGGGAUGAAUGGAUAUGGAGCUGAGGCAACCGAAAUCUUUGAUGAGAUGAUUAGUUCGGGUGUUCAACCUGACCAAGUUUUGCUUAUGAGUGUAAUCAGUGCAUGCAGUCAUGCGGGACUGGUAGAUCAAGGAUUGAGGUACUUCAGCUUGAUGAACAUCGAGUACAAUGUUCCUCCUAAUAGGGAAAUCUACGGGUGCGUUGUUGAUCUUCUUGGCCGAGCUGGAAGAAUAACGGAGGCCUAUCAGCUGAUAGAAACAAUGCCUUUUGAACCUGAUGAAACAAUUUGGGGAGCACUGCUUGGGGCUUGCAAGAUGCACAAGAAUGUCUAUUUGGGAAGAUUGGCUGCUCAGAAGAUCUUUGACAUGAGGCCAAAUGAGUCGAAGACAUACGUCUUGCUCUCGAAUAUAUACGCAGCUGGCGGGGCAUGGGGAGAUUUUGCAGAGAUGAGGAGAUGUUUGAGAGAGCAGGGGAAUAAGAAAGAGGCAGGAAUGAGCUGGAUUGAAGUGAGGGAUGAGGUACGUGGCUUUGCUUCCGGUGACAGAAGCAGUAGUCCACAUAUUGUUUUGGUUUAUCAGACACUGGAAGAGCUGAUUCAACACAUGAACCAAGAUGGAUGUGAAUCAGAUUCGCAUUGGGUGCUGCAUGAUUUCUCAGGAGUAACAUGAAUUAUUUGGUAGAGACAUACAAAGCGCUUCAGCAAAUUCUGUGAUGAGUGUAACCAUGUUGCAAAAUUUCUUCUACACUAAAAACAUUUUCUUGGAGCAGCAAAUUGGAUUAAUUUUAUGAUUUGUCAUGCUACAAAACAUGUUGUACAUGAAAAUAAAUGGUUAUGAGAAGCUGUUGUA